CCGCUAGGGCCAUCGACUAUAUAUCGGCGGCCGAUUGUUCAUCUGCCGGCUGCCCUAUGUAUACAAAGUGACAUCGGCGUUGCUGUACGCUAAGCUGCUUUUCGGGCGGAACCAUACUGCCGAAUCCUCGGGUAGCAGGAGUGCCAUCCAAGAUCCUGUUUAUCGUAUGCGCUUUUCUGACACUGCAUGGAACCUUUCAGACUGCUUAGUGUCUUUGUGUCCUAGCUGGUAGGCCUACGCGUCUUUGAUGCUCGGUGGCCAUUCAUCACGCGUUGUCCUCACAAAUCUGACUCCGUCUUGGCAUGAUCGGACUUCCCCACCAGUCCGCGGCGGGCGAUUCCACGCCUUCCCACUCCAUCAUCACCAUGGAGGCAAGAGAGGGAAGGAUAGGGAACGCGUUCGCCUGUGAACGCUGUCGAAAACACAAGGUUCGAUGCGUGCCGUCCGAAGCUGCAGGCAUCUGCCAAAGAUGUCAAAAGGCUCGCGUCGACUGUAUCGAACAUGUUGCUCGACGGAGACCAGCAAAACCAAGGGCGGUGGUACAACAAACAAACAAAGUGGCUGAGAUGGAAAAGAGAAUUGAGAAGCUACACGCCAUCGUCACGUCCACCACAGCACCAAGCGUGGCGAGUUCUACGCCCUCAUCUACCUUACCACCUGUAGCAACCAUCCCAUCCCAGUCCGUAGAGCUUUCGCGACGCACCUCAACGCCAGCACCUAUCAUCCCAUCUGCCACCCCCUUGCCAAUCGUCAAAACACCAAUCCUCCCGAACCCUGGCUCCACGCCCGAAUCAGCACUGUCAUUCUGGGAGUCUAUGAACGACGCUGUGACCGGCCUCGGACGUCUGGAUCCUGUUAUUCGGUCCAUCAGCAUCAUCCAUAUGCAGUCAUUAUUGGAGACGUACCGGUCGAUGACCGAGUUUUUCCCGUUUGUGCUGCUGCCUAGGGAAUGCUUCUGUGGCGACUUGAUCCAGCAAAGGCCAAUCUUCCUAUUUGCGGUGCUUACUGCGGCGUCAUUUGACUCGUCUCAACUACAAGUCUCACUAAGCAGAGAGUUCCGUAAGGUAGUCAUGGUCAAGAUCAUGAAUGGAGAAAAGAGUCUUGAUCUCUUGCAAGGUCUUCUUGUAUUCAUAGCAUGGCACCAUCACUACAUGGACGUAAAUGCUGCUUCGGUGCACUUGCUUCUCCAGAUAUGCGUUGGUAUCGCGGGCGAACUUGGCCUCGACAACAUCUCAUCUCAUUCACGAAGUCCGGUGCAAAAAGAUGAUGUAUGGCACAGAGAGGCGAAGAGAGCCUACUUGGGAUGCUACUAUCUCGCAUCCAGCCUCAGCCUGCUGGAAUCUGGCAGAACACGAAGCAUGUCACAUUCAAGUACCUUGCAAAUGUUUGCAAGAGACAUCGCCGACGCCUGGGAGCACCGAUCUGAUGCCAUUGUGCCGAUCCUUGUCGAUAUGUGCCAGUUCAUGGAGGAUGUUGAAGAUACUUUCGGCGAUCAUUCGGAGCCUGCGCUUGUCACCAAGGCCCAGUUAAAGCGCCUGAGUGAGAAGUGGGAUCAUAUGCAGUCUGCGACCAAAGCUCAGGCGAACGACUACCGUACGCUGCGAUGGAUCCAGCUAGUAGCCCGAACACACCUCUACAAAGCCACGGCCUCUCUCGAUAUAUACGACCGAGACAGCAUACCGUGGGUAUCUGGAUUCCAACUGUCGCAACGUAUUACAUGUCUACGGUGCGUCGAACAAUUCCUGGACUACAGCCUCCAGCUUUCCAGUACCGAGUAUGAGCGGUUAUCGAUUACGGACUGGCUUGCACUGGUAGCUGGCUUGACCACGCUGGCCAAACUCGCUCUCCAUACCUCGCCAAUGCCAGGAUGGGAUCCCGUAGAGCUGCAGAUCUCAAAGAGUUUCGAGUACUUUCGCGACCAACUAUCAGCACAGAUGCCACGACUACACGAGUCGCAAGAUCUUGGCGAGGAUCUUUUUGAGCGAUUCCGACGAAUUACAGCAAUCAUGAAAAUGGCAGUCAAGGCCGCACCGGGAAGAAGCAGCCCAAACGGGUCUACUUUCGAGCUGGCCACUGGCUCUGGAAGAACAGUUUCUCUUCUGCAAGAAUUGCCUCCGCUGAAGCCUAAUGGUGUAUCGAAUGGCUCUGAUCCACUCCCUGUACCCUGGAAAGUCAGCCCGCAAUUCGACAUAAGCAGUCAGGAAUUUCUUUGGAAAUUUCUCACCGGCUCCAUUUGAGCAAUACGGAGACUACCACCAAUCGUAAAUCCAAUAUUUCCCUUCCUCGAAUAUUCAUACCCAUUCCGAAUACCAUAGCUCCACGUGUUUCGGCUCGCGAAAAGUAGUCCCCGAGGACAGUGCCCAAAUGCAGCGUGGGUAAAGACGCAUACCACAAUCAAGCUCAUCGAAAAUC